GUCUGCAGCUGCAUGUACCGGCCUCAUGUAAAAAAGUAUUUGCAUUUCAAUCCAGCUUCAACAAGUACCUAAGAUGAAUUGGGUCGGAGGAGCAAGAAGCAGACUUAAAGUCCCCAAUGAGAGAAAACUACAGAAGGAGCACUUUGAGAGGAGGCGACUAGAUACCAGGUUGAGUCGAGGCCCAACACUUCACCAGUCAUCAACUGCUCCAGUCAGUAAAGACCUUCUCUUUCUUAGUAAAACAGCUGAAAAUGACUUCAAUGACAGGUCUCCCAGAGCAGUCCCUAUUAGAGUGAACCUUGACUCUGCAGCCAGGCACCCCAGCAUGAGGGACCUAGAGCUGCCAAUGUCUCCCAUUGAGAAACCAUCUGUCCUAGAGCUGGCAGACACUUCAGUUAUCUCACUGGAUAACAGCUUCUAUCGACCUCCAUUGAAUACUGCUAGCAUACCCAGAGUAUCCACAAUGAAGCUGCCUCGAGGCCCUGCAGCUAAUCAGAGGAGAGAGGACAGGAUGGAUGUAUCCUGUAUGACCGAGGCUCUGUUUGCAGUGUCAAGACCCCCACCAGUACAAGAGAAGCAUCAGUCCACAACUGAUGGGAGGGUACCUAAUAACCAGUACUCACUGGACUACCUCCUCAAUGCCUCACAAAUCAAGGAGAGCCACUUAUCAAGGCCGCAGAGAGCAGAACAGAAUCAACGCCCCUCUAAAUGUGUCCCGAGACAUGCAGACGAGUUGCUGUGGGCUAAUCUGGAUGGAGGGCUCGGACGUAAGAGAACUGCUCCGUCAGCAAUUGAGAGUGAGACUAAACGAGCAGCAAUAAGGCCACAAAAGGAUCUUGGCUACGAUUUUGGUGGAUGGAUGUCGAAAUUCAAGACUGCAGCAAACCAUGCCCCAAAGAUGGAGCUAGUGCAUGACAAAGACGCAAUGCUGGAGAUAUAUUAUGCACCAAAGCAAACGACAAAAAUUGAUUACACUAGUCUGUUUGAUGGUCCUCCAGGAGAAAAACAGCAACAAAGGAAGAAAGAGAAGCAACCUCGACCACGUUCAUCACUGUUAACAGAGAAUCCGUUCUCCAACCAUCACCUACCCUCACCAAAAAUGAAACCAAAGAAGCCUCAGAAUCCAAUCAAGCAAGAAAAUAAUAUUAUUUCCAGACAUUCUGACGUUACAAUACAUAACGAGAGUAUUUUGGGCCCUAUCAAGAAAAAACAAACUGAAAACGAGCAACCAUUCAUGAAAAAAGACAAAGCUACUGCAUUUGAGAUGAUGAUGUCAUCGUUUGAAGAUAGCCAUUGCGAUCAAGGGAAUGAUGUGGAAGAUGUGAUUGUUGGGUUAGUACAUUCGAUAGAUACGCCAGCAGAAAUCUCCGUAGAAGAUACAUCACAAAAAAAGAAUCAGCAUUCGCGUUGGAAAGAUUUUGUGUCUCUAGGGGAGUCUACAUCUAAGGAGAGGGCAUGCGAUAAGCUUAUUAAUAAACUAUCAGCAAAGGAAAAGAAAAAUAUGAACUGCUCUGCUUGGGAGGAGCUGGCAUGUCUAGAGCGGGAGGUGCUCACUGGAUUGGACACUUGUACACAGGAGCUGACUCUCAGUCCAAUUGAUUGCACUGAAGACCCUAUUAUGAGAAUAGUACCUGACGUGACUGACAAGAUUCCUCUGAUUAUGUGCCCAUUCGACAGCAGUCAAGAAUCAUCUCUCUCAGCGAAUUCACACUCAGAGAACUACUCACAAUCUCAACGCAAACCUCCCAACCAGCAAGAACCUGAAACUACAUGCUCACAAGGUGAAACGAAGUCUGCAGAAGAUGCGAAAUUGUAUGUCCCCAGAAUUGCAGAGAAUACAAACACCAGCUGUUCAGUUACUGCUAUGGACACCAUAGAGACAAGAGUACCAUUACCACCUGUUGUCAAUAUUGUCAGCACUACUGCAGAAGUAACGAAUGUAGCUGUAAACGACUAUAUUAAACUUUCUCCAGUAUUUGAAAACUCCGUCCCUGCGAAACUUUUUGCUACUUUGUCUACUCAGACGACACCCAGUGAUGUUUACCAUUCCACUACUACCAAGCAUCAGGAACAACAAACGACUUCAGUAGCGAGCACACGAUCCAGCCCCAUGGAGGUUACACAAUCCCGACUACCUGAAUCAGCUAGUCCCGAUGUGAAGAAGGAGAAUAUGUCUUUGAAGAAUGCGUCUGUUCAAGCAGGACCCAGCAAUAUGAGUGAACUUACUGCACUGAAAGAGGAAGUGGAUAAACUACAGGAGGAGCUCAAAUCUGCUGAAAGUACAAUUGUGUGGCUGUCACUGAUGAUGAGAAUCAAAGACAUUUAACUGGACUCUAACUAGAUCUAGCUAUAGAUGCUAGCUAUGGCUGUGUGUAUUAUGAAUAGUUGAUCUGUAUGUCACGAGUCUAUCGUUC